UGCCUGCUGGGCUGGAUCCAGAACCGGCUGCCCCAGCUGCCCAUCACCAACUUCAGCCGCGACUGGCAGAGCGGGAGGGCACUGGGAGCACUGGUGGACAGCUGUGCCCCGGGGCUCUGCCCCGAUUGGGACUCGUGGGACCCCAGCAAACCGGUGGAGAACGCGCGCGAGGCCAUGCAGCAGGCGGACGAGUGGCUCGGCAUCCCCCAGGUGAUCACCCCCGAGGAGAUCGUGGACCCCAACGUGGACGAGCACUCGGUCAUGACCUACCUGUCCCAGUUCCCCAAGGCCAAGCUGAAGCCGGGGGCCCCCCUGCGCCCCAAACUCAACCCCAAGAAGGCGCGAGCCUACGGCCCGGGCAUCGAGCCCACCGGGAACGUGGUGAAGCAGCGAGCGGAGUUCACGGUGGAGACCAUCAGCGCCGGGCAGGGGGAGGUGCUGGUGUACGUGGAGGACCCGGACGGGCACCGCGAGGAGGCUAAGGUUGUGCCCAACAACGACAAGAACCGAACCUUCUCCGUGUCCUACGUGCCCAAAGUGACCGGCGUGCACAAGGUGUGGGUGCUCUUCGCGGGCCAGAACAUCUCCAAGAGCCCCUUCGAGGUCCAGGUCGGGGGCGCCGCGGGCGACGCCUCCCGGGUCACGGCGCAGGGCCCGGGGCUGGAGCCCACUGGGAACGUGGUCAACAGGGGCAGCCACUUCGAUGUGUGCACAGCAGGCGCGGGCCCGGGCGAGCUCGCGGUCUCCAUCGUGGACCCCAGCGGCCGCCGGGGGGCGGUGGAGCCGACGCUGGAGCCGCGCGGGGACGGCUCCUUCCGGUGCAACUUCCGGCCCGCGGCGGAGGGCACGCACAGCGUGCACGUGACCUACGGCGGCGUGCCCAUCCCCCGCAGCCCCUUCAGCGUCCACGUGGGGCCGGCCUGCACCCCCUCCCUGGUCCGCGCCGUGGGGCGGGGGCUGCAGCCCAAGGGGCUGCGCGUGAAGGAGCCGGCGGAGUUCAAGGUCUACACCAAGGGGGCCGGCAAUGGGGAGCUCAAGGUCACCGUCAAGGGGCCCAAGGGCCCCGAGCCCGUUCGCCAGAGGGAGCUCGGGGACGGGGUCUUCGCCUGCGACUACGUCCCCACGGUGCCGGGGCCCCACACGGUGACCGUGCUGUGGGGGGGGCAGCCGGUGCCCCGCAGCCCCUUCGAGGUUCAGGUGUCCCCUGAGGGGGGCCCCCCCCGGGUGCGCGCCUGGGGCCCGGGGCUGGAGGGCGGCGCCGUGGGGAGCGCGGCCGAGUUCGUGGUGGAGGCCAUCGGGGACGACGUCGGCACCCUCGGGUUCUCGGUGGAGGGCCCCUCGCAGGCCCGCAUCGAGUGCGACGACCGCGGCGACGGCUCCUGUGACGUCCGCUAUUGGCCGCAGGAGCCGGGCGCCUACGCCGUGCACGUGCUCUGCGACGGCCACGACAUCGCCGGCAGCCCCUUCAUGGCCGACGUCCGCCCCGCGCCCCGGGACUGCUGCCCCGACAAGGUCAAGGCCCAUGGCCCGGGGCUGGAGAAGACCGGGGUGGCCGUGAACCAAGCGGCCGAGUUCACCGUGGAUGCCAAGAACGGGGGCAAGGGGGCCCUCAAAGUGCAGAUGCAGGACGCCGAGGGGACCCCCGUGGACGUCUCGGUCAAGGACAACGGCAACGGCACCUUCAGCUGCUCCUAUGUGCCCAAGCGGGCGCUCAAGCACACGGCCAUGGUGUCCUGGGGGGGGGUCAGCAUCCCCCAGAGCCCCUUCCGGGUGGGGGUCGGGGCCGGGAGCCACCCCCACAAGGUCAAGGUCUAUGGGCCCGGCGUGGCCAAGACCGGGCUCAAGGCGCACGAGCCCACGCACUUCACUGUGGACUGCAGCGAGGCCGGGCAGGGCGAUGUGAGCAUCGGCAUCAAGUGCGCGCCGGGGGUCGAGGGCCCGGCCGAGGCCGACGUUGCCUUGGACAUCAGCCGGGAGGCGGACGACACGUUCACGGUGCGCUACGAGCCCCGCGGCGCCGGCACCUACACCAUCAUGGUGCUCUUCGGGGAGCAGCCCAUCCCCAGCAGCCCCAUCCGGGUCAAGGUGGAUCCCUCGCACGACGCCAGCAAAGUGAAGGCCGAGGGCCCGGGGCUGAGCCGCUCCGGGCUGGAGCUGGGGAAGCCGACGCAGUUCACGGUGAACACCAAGGGGGGGGGGCGCGGGGCCCUCGAGGUGCAGGUGACCGGGACCGGCAACGGGGAGGCCGCCAAGGACCUGGAGGUCAUCGACAACGGGGAUGGGACCCACACGGUCAAAUACACCCCAGUGCAGCAGGGUAACUUGGAGGUCGCAGUCACCUAUGGGGGCGACCCCAUCCCCAAGAGCCCCUUCACUGUGGGGGUGGCCCCAGGCCUGGACCUCAGCAAGAUCAAGGUCUCCGGCCUGGAUGAGAGACCGGAAGUGGGCCGGGAGCAGGAGGUGCUCGUGCAGUGGCGCGGGGCCGGCGGCGGCGGCCGCGUGGGGGCGCGCGUGAGCGGCCCCUCCCGCCAGGGGGCGCCCUGCGCCGUGGAGCCGGGCCCGGACGGCGCCAGCCUCGUGCGCUUCGUGCCGCGGGAAGAGGGCGCGCAUGCGCUGGAGGUCACGUACGAGGGAAACCCCGUGCCCGGGAGCCCCUUCCCCAUGGAGGCGGUGCCCGGGGGGGCGGAGCCCGGCAAGGUGCGCGCCUUCGGGCCGGGGCUGCAGGGGGGGCUGCCGGGGGUCCCGGCGCCCUUCACCAUCGACACCAAAGGCGCCGGCACCGGGGGCCUGGGGCUGACGGUGGAGGGGCCGUGCGAGGCCAAGAUCGAGUGCGUGGACAACGGGGACGGGACCUGCUCCGUGUCCUACCUGCCCCUGGAGCCCGGCGACUACACCAUCAACAUCCUGUUCGCCGGCAGCCACGUGCCGGGGUCCCCCUUCCGCGCCCCCGUGCGCGCCCCCUUCGACGCCUCCAAGGUCACGUGCUCGGGCCCGGGGCUGGAGGGCGCCACGGCCGGGCAGGCCGGGCACUUCCGGGUCGACUGCAGCCGCGCCGGCAGCGCCGAGCUCAGCAUCGGCAUCGCCUCGGAGGCGGGCGCCCGCGCCGAGGUGCGCGUGGAGGACAACGGCGACGGCACCUACACCAUCGCCUACACCCCGCUGAGCCCCGGCGUCUACAGCAUCACCGUCGAGUACGGCGGGCAGCCCGUGCCGCACUUCCCCAGCAAGGUGCGCGUGGAGCCCGCCAUGGACACCGCCGGCGUCAAGGUCUAUGGGCCCGGAGUGGAGGGGGAAGGGGUGUUCCGCGAGGCCGUCACCCAGUUCCACGUGGACGCGCGGGCGCUCUCCCAGGCGGGGGGGCCCCACGUGAAGGCGCAGGUGAGGAACCCCUCGGGCAACGUCACCGAGACCUUGGUGGAGGACCGGGGCGACGGCACCUACCGGGUGGAGUACACCCCCUACGAGGAGGGCCUGCACACCGUGGACGUGAGCUACGCCGGGAGCCCGGUGCCCCACAGCCCCUUCCGCGUCCCCGUCACCGAGGGCUGCGACCCCGCGCGCGUGCGCGUCCAUGGCCCGGGCCUGCAGAGCGGCACCACCAACCAGCCCAACCGCUUCACCGUGGAGACCCGGGGCGCAGGCACGGGGGGGCUGGGCCUGGCCGUGGAGGGCCCCUCGGAGGCGCGGAUCUCGUGCACGGACAACAAGGACGGGAGCUGCUGGGUGCAGUACAUCCCCUCGGAGCCGGGCACCUACAGCCUCAACGUCACCUACGGCGGGCACCCGGUGCCGGGGAGCCCGUUCAAGGUGCCGGUGACGGACGUGGUGGACGCCACCAAGGUGAAAUGUGUGGGGCCGGGGCUGACGCCGGGCGCCGUCAGGGCCAACGUCCCCCAGAGCUUCACCGUGGACAGCAGCAAGGCCGGGGUGGCCCCAUUGGAGGUGAAGGUGCAGGGACCCAAAGGUGUGGUGGAGCCGGUGGAGGUGGUGGACAAUGGGGACGGGACCCAGCGUGUGAGCUACGUCCCGAGCCGCGAGGGGCCCUACAGCAUCUCGGUGCGCUACGGCGAGGAGGAGGUGCCCCGCAGCCCGUUCAAGGUGAAGGCGCUGCCCACCCAUGACGCCAGCAAGGUGAGGGCGAGCGGCCCCGGCCUCAACACCACCGGCGUCCCCGCCAGCCUCCCGGUGGAGUUCACCAUCGACGCCAAGGACGCGGGCGAGGGGCUCCUGGCCGUGCAGAUCACGGACCCCGAGGGGAAGCCCAAGAAGGCGUCGAUCCGGGACAACCAGGACGGCACGUACACGGUGUCCUACGUGCCGGACACGACCGGGCGCUACACCAUCCUCAUCAAGUACGGCGGCGACGAGAUCCCCUACUCGCCGUACCGCAUCCGCGCCGUGCCCGCCGGCGACGCCAGCAAGUGCACGGUCACCGUCUCCAUCGGAGGGCACGGCUUAGGGCCCGGGCUGGGCCCCACGCUGCAGCUGGGGGAGCAGACGGUGAUCACGGUGGACGCCAAGGCGGCGGGCAAGGGGAAGGUCACGUGCACCGUGAGCACCCCCGACGGCACCGAGGCCGACGUGGACGUGGUGGAGAACGCGGACGGAACCUUCGACAUCUUCUACACGGCGGCGGAGCCGGGGAAGUACCUGAUGUGUGUGAGGUUCGGGGGGGAGCACGUCCCCAACAGCCCCUUCCAGGUCAUGGCGACGGAGCGGGCGCUGCUGGGGGUGAAUGGGCUGGACAUGGCCGGGCUGCGGCCCUUCGACCUCGUCAUCCCCUUCACCAUCAAGAAGGGCGAGAUCACAGGGGAGGUGCGGAUGCCCUCGGGCAAGGUGGCCAAGCCGGACAUCACCGACAACAAGGACGGGACGGUGACGGUGCGGUUCGCGCCCACCGAGGCCGGGCUGCAUGAGAUGGACAUCCGCUAUGAGAGCAUGCACAUCCCAGGCAGCCCCCUUCAGUUCUAUGUGGACUACGUGAACAGCGGCCACGUCACCGCCUACGGCCCCGGCCUCAUCCACGGCACCGUGAACAAACCGGCCUCCUUCACCGUCAACACCAAGGACGCCGGCGAGGGGGGGCUGUCUCUGGCCGUGGAGGGCCCCUCCAAGGCGGAGCUGAGCUGCACGGACAACCAGGACGGGACCUGCAGCGUCUCCUACCUGCCCGUGCUGCCCGGGGACUACAGCAUCGGGGUCAAGUACAACGAGAAGCACAUCCCCGGGAGCCCCUUCACCGCCCGCAUCACCGGUGACGCCAGCCUGCGCCAGUCGCACCUCAAGGUGGGGGCCUCGGCCGACAUCCCCCUGGAGCUGGGCGAGAGCGACCUGAGCCAGCUGACGGCCGCCGUCACCGCGCCCUCGGGCCGCAAGGAGCCCUGCCAGCUCAAGCGCCUGCGCAACGGGCACAUCGGGAUCUCCUUCGUGCCGCAGGAGGUGGGGGAGCACCUGGUGCACGUCCUGCGGGGGGGGCAGCCCCUGCCGCGGAGCCCCCUCUCGGUCACCAUCAGCCAGGCGGAGCUGGGCGAUGCCGCCCGCGUGCGCGUCACCGGGCCCGGCCUGCGCGAGGGCCGCACCUUCCAGCCGGCGCACUUCACCAUCGACACCCGCGACGCCGGCUAUGGGGGGCUGAGCCUGUCCAUCGAGGGCCCCAGCAAGGUGGACAUCGGCACGGAGGAGCUGGAGGACGGCACCUGCCGGGUCUCGUACUGCCCCACGGAGCCGGGCAACUACAUCCUGGCCCUCAAGUUCGGGGAGCAGCACGUGCCCGGGAGCCCGUUCUCGGUGAAGGUGACGGGCGAGGGCCGGCUGAAGGAGAGCAUCACCCGCCGGCGCCGCGCCCCCCCCGAGGCCUGCGUGGGCUCCGCCUGCGACCUCAGCCUCAAGGUGCCCGAGCUGAGCGAGCACGAGGUGACGGCGCUGGUCACGGGCCCCUCGGGCCAGGCGGUGCCGGCGCAGGCGCUGGAGGGCGAGGGCGGCGCCUACAGCAUCCGGUUCGUGCCGGCCGAGACCGGGGUGCACUCGGUGAGCGUCAAGGACCGGGGCCAGCACGUGCCGGGGAGCCCCUUCCAGUUCACCGUGGGGCCCAUGGGAGAGGGCGGCGCACACAAGGUCCGAGCGGGGGGACCCGGCCUGGAGCGCGCCGAGGCGGGGGUGCCAGCCGAGUUCAGCAUCUGGACGCGGGAGGCGGGCGCCGGGGGCCUCUCCAUCGCCGUCGAGGGCCCCAGCAAGGCCGAGAUCGCCUUCGAGGACCGCAAGGACGGCUCCUGCGGGGUCUCCUACGUGGUGCAGGAGCCGGGUGACUACGAGGUGUCGGUGAAGUUCAACGAGGAGCACGUCCCCGAGAGCCCCUUCGUGGUGGCGGCGGCGGCGCCCUGCGAUGCUGCGCGGCUCCUCACUGUUUGUAGCCUUCAGGAAUCGGGGCUCAAGGUUCACCAACCCGCCUCCUUCGCCGUGAGCCUCAAUGGGGCCAAGGGGGUGCUGGACGCCAAGGUGCACAGCCCCUCGGGGGCGCUGGAGGAGUGCCACAUCACCGAGGUCACCGAAGACAAGUACGCCGUGCGCUUCAUCCCCCGGGAGAACGGGCUCUACUCCAUUGAUGUCAAGUUCCAGGGCUCGCACAUCCCCGGGAGCCCCUUCAAGGUGCGCGUGGGGGAGCCGGGCCAGGCCGGGGACCCGGGGCUCGUGUCCGCCUACGGCCCGGGGCUGGAGGGCGGCACCACAGGCUCCCCGGCAGAGUUCGUGGUGAACACGUCCAAGGCGGGCCCGGGGGCUUUGGCCGUCACCAUCGAGGGCCCGUCCAAGGUGAAGAUGGAUUGCCGGGAGUGCGCCGAGGGCUACCGCGUGAGCUACACCCCCAUGGCCCCCGGCAGCUACCUCAUCGCCAUCAAGUUCGGGGGCCCCCACCACAUCGUGGGCAGCCCCUUCAAGGCCAAGAUCACCGGCCCGCGCCUCGUGAGCAGCCACAGCCUCCGCGAGAGCUCCUCGGUGCUGGUGGACGCCGGUGGGGGGGGCGCAGCCGCGGCGGCCGCUGGAGGAGCCCCCCCCGGAGCCGCCCCCCCGGGCUCGGACGCCGGGCGCGUGGUGGCCAAAGGGCUGGGGCUCAGCAAGGCCUUCGUGGGGCAGAAGAACAGCUUCAGCCUGGACUGCAGCCGCGCCGGGAACAACAUGCUGCUGGUGGGGGUGCAGGGCCCGCGCUGCCCCUGCGAGGAGAUCGUGGUGAAGCACCUGGGGAACCAGCUCUACAGCGUCAGCUACGUCCUGCGGGAGCGCGGCGACCACCUCCUGGUCAUCAAAUGGGGCGAGCAGCACAUCCCCAACAGCCCCUUCCGGGUCACCGUGCCCUAGGGCCGGCCCCGCG